AUGGUGUUUUACCUUAUGUUGCCCCUGAAAUUUUACGUGGUGAAGAUUUUACUUCUGCUGCUGAUGUUUAUAGUUUUUCAAUGAUUAUGUGGCAUGUUUCUACUGGUAUCCCUCCUUUUCAUGAUAAAUCUCAUAAUAAUCAAUUGGCUAUUGAUAUUUGUAAUGGAACAAGACCAAAAAUUUUACCUAAAAUUCCAAAAUCUUUUUCAACUCUUAUGGAAAGAUGUUGGGAUGCUGAUCCUUUACUUCGUCCUAGUGUACAAGAAAUAACUGCCAUGUUAUUUCGUUGGCAUUUUCAUUUAGAACAAAAUCGUUCUAUUGAUAUUUGUAAUGCUUUUAAAAAGGAUUUUGAUGAUAUUGUUGAUACUCCAAUUGAUAUUCAAUUUCAUCCUGAUUCUAAAUAUAUUAGUCAAUUACUCGAUUUUAAAGAUCUUCCUGAACCCCAAAAUUAUUUCUCUCGUCAUCAUCAUAAUCAUCAUUAUAAUGAUUCAGGAUAUGGAAGUUCAACAAAUACUUUGUCAAGUUUCAAACAAAGUGAAGAAAGUAGUUUAGCAAGUCAAAGUCAAAACAUUUCAAAGAUUUCUAUCAACAGUUUAGGAAAUUCAGAUGAAGCUAAAAUUUCAUUACGAAAAGCUCCUACAUAUGCUGAAUCUUUAAGAAAACAAUAUCAAGCUAGUACGUUUUAUUAUACAGAACCGGAAUCAUAUUUAGAUGAUGAUGUACCUCCAAUACCUCCAAUGCCCACAUCCAUAAAAUCUGAAAUAGAUAAAAAAAUAGAAG